AUGAUGUUCGCGUCAAAAUCCAGUUCCGUAUCCCCUUCUCCGUCCAUGGAGCAGGCAGAUUCAGAUGCUCUGGACAUCAGCACCAAAGUGCAGCUGUACGGCGUGCUCUGGAAGAGACCCUUCGGGAGGCAGUCGGCCAAGUGGUCCAGGAGGUUCUUCAUCAUUAAGGAAAGUUUCCUGCUCUACUAUGCUGAGAGUGAAAAGAAAAGUUUUGAAAGCAAUAAAUACUUCAAUAUCCACCCCAAGGGUGUCAUACCCCUGGGAGGCUGCAUCGUGGAGCCCAAAGAAGAGCCCAACAUGCCUUAUGCCAUAAAGAUCUCUCAUGAAGACUUCCACGGUAACAUUGUUCUAGCAGCUGAAUCAGAGUUUGAGCAGGGUCAGUGGCUGGAGAUGCUACAGGAGUCUGGAAAAGUGACCUGGAAGAAUGCCCAACUGGGAGAAGCCAUGAUCGAGAGCCUGGAAGCCCAAGGACUGCAGCUGGCCAAGGAGAAGCAGGAGUAUUUAGAUAAGCUAAUGGAAGAAACAGAAGAGCUGUGUCUGCAGAGAGAGCAAAAAGAGGAACUCGAGCGUCUGAACCAAGUCCUGGAAGCAGAGAAGCACCGGUUUGAAGAGGUGGUACGGGAGCUGCGGCUGGAGCAGGAGCAGAUCAGGCGGGAGCUAGAGCUCACAGCCCGCUCCCUUAAAGGAGUGGAGGAAGAAAAGAAAGAGUUGGGAAGCCUGACACAGUCCUUACAGAAAACUCUAGAG